CCAUAUAUACUAAAAAUUAGUUAGUUAGCAUUAAUGGCUAAUUUUGCUCUUCCCUAUCUACUCUCCUUUCUUCUCCUACUUCAUCCACUUUUCAAUAUUGUCGCUGCUCAAACCAAUGGCAAUAUAAGUGUGACAUCUUCUCUAACUGCAGGUGACAAUUCUGCUUGGCUUUCAUCACCUUCUGAAGAUUUUGCAUUUGGGUUUCACCGGCUUGGUGAUAAUUCCUUCUUACCCGCGAUUUGGUACCACAAACUACGUCCAGAAACCACCACAGUUUGGUAUGCAAAUGGAAGUAGCCCAGCUCCAAGAAAUUCCAAACUGGAGUUAACCGCAGAUCUUGGACUUGUCCUUAAAGACCCUCAAGGUUCUGUAUUAUGGAAGUCAGGGAAAACAGCUGCUGAUCCAGUAGCCUAUGCUGUAAUGAAUGAUACAGGCAACUUUGUACUCAUAGGUGGGAAUUCUAAACCCAUCUGGGAAAGCUUCCACCAUCCCACUGACACAUUGUUGCCUUCUCAGAUCAUGGAGUUAGGUGGUUUUCUUUCUUCCAGAACAAGUGAUGACAACUUCUCGCCGAGAAGAUUCCAGUUCCUCUUCGAAGAAGGUAGUGCUAAGCUUAUUACCAAAAAUUUGCCUGGAAACUUUACUUAUGGUACAUACUAUACCACCGAGACUGGUGAUAAUGUGUCGAAUCCUGGUUACCGAGUACUGUUUGAUUCGUUAGGCUUGUAUGUAUUGAGAAGAAAUGGAAGCAGGUUCUUUAUUACAGAUCCCGAAGAUACAGACUCAAUUCCUUCGAACUACUAUAAAAGGGUGAGUCUUAAUUCUGAUGGAGUUCUCACCUUGAGCUCUCGCUCCAACGAUCCAUCGGCUGCAAAUGAAACAUGGAGAACCAUAAGCUCAAUACCAGACAAUAUAUGCAACAAGAUUCAAGGAAAAGACCAAACUGCAAGUGGGGCAUGUGGGUUUAACAGUAUCUGCUCAAUCCAAUCUGAUGGACGGCCAAAAUGCGAAUGCCCAGAGGGGUAUUCUUUGCACGAUCCUACUGAUGCAUAUAGUGGCUGCAGACCAAAUUUCUUGCAGGGAUGUGAUAGUAAUUUGGGGCAAAGCCACCAGGUGGACUACUUCAUGAUAGAGAUCAAAUAUGCUAAUUGGCCAAAUUCGGAUUAUGAGGUGCUUAGCUCUUCCAGUAUGGAGAGCUGCAAAAAUGCUUGUUUACAUGACUGCUUAUGUACAGCGGCCAUUUUAGGCGGUGACGGUCGUACCUGUUGGAAGAAGAAGCCACCACUUACCAAUGGGAGAGCUGAACUUAGUGCCACAGCUUAUCUCAAAAUAGCUAAUAAUUCAUCUCCUAACCCAAAUCCUCCUACACAGGUCCCGGAAAAGGACCAGAACAUAUUGGUUAUUGUUGUGUUAUCUGUACUCUUAGGCAGUUCUGUGUUGGUCAUAUUUGUGGGUGCAGCAUGUAUGGGUUUCUUUUGGUUUUUCAAUAGGAAGCUCCUUGCAGUUGAAAUUUCUCCAAAUGCAACUUCCGUUGAAAGUAGAUUGCGGCAAUUUACCUACAAGGAGAUGACAGAGGCCACAAAUGGAUUUAAGGAAGAGCUAGGCAGGGGAUCUUGUGGGAUAGUUUACAAAGGCGAAACGAGAUCAACUGGUCUGAUUGCUGUCAAGAUGUUAGACAGAGUUUUUGAAGACAACGACAAAGAAUUCAAAGCAGAAGUUAACAUUAUAGGCCAAACACAUCACAAGAAUCUUGUCCGGCUAGUUGGAUAUUGUGAUGAGAAACAACACAGGUUGCUGGUGUUGGAGUUCUUGAGAAAUGGAACUUUAGCAAGAUUUCUAUUCGGAGAUCUAAAACCCAGUUGGAAACAGAGGACACAAAUUGCAUUUGGGAUUGCGAGAGGACUUGUUUACUUGCAUGAGGAAUGCAGCACGCAGAUCAUCCACUGCGACAUAAAGCCUCAAAACAUACUUCUGGAUGAGUAUUACAAUGCUCGCAUUUCUGACUUUGGAUUGGCAAAGCUUUUGCUAAUCAAUCAAAGCUAUACAAAAACAAACAUCAGAGGAACCAAAGGGUACGUUGCUCCUGAAUGGUUCAGGUCUGCGCCAGUGUCUGUGAAGGUCGAUGUGUACAGCUUUGGUGUGUUGCUGCUAGAAAUCAUUUGCUGUAGGAGAAAUGUAGACAUGGAAGUUGAUGAGGAAGAGAAUAGAAUUUUGACAGAUUGGGUUUAUGACUGCUAUGUGGAAGGGAAAUUAGAUGUUCUGGUUGAGAAUGAUAAGGAAGCCAUGGAUGAUAUAGAGAUGGUUGAGAGAUUUGUGAUGGUUGCAAUUUGGUGCAUCCAGGAAAACCCCAAUGUAAGACCCACCAUGAAGCAGGUUAUGCUUAUGCUUGAAGGAAUCCUUCAAAUUUCAUUGCCCCCUAGUCCUAGUCCCUUUAGUUCCAUCUGCUGAUCAAACCAGAACUUAGUUUUAAGUCCACUUUUUGGUAUGUGAUAAACUUGUGUUCUGCUUUAUAUUUUUACUAGGAAUUUUUCUUCAUAUA